CUUUCUGUUCAAUAUUCUGUUCACUAUUCUAGGAUACUGACUUUCUUUUCAACGUUAUCAUUGUUAUUGCAAGAAAUUGUGCUGAAAAUCAGAAUAAUAAGCCGGAGAGAUGUCUUUUAAAAAGAAAGCUUACUCCAAAGCAAUAACCUUUUUGUUCAAAGAUCGCCUGCUGUGCCUGUCGUCUCCACUUUUUCCUGAUGUUAAUGUAAAAUGUCGACUCAUGUAUAGUUCACUCAAGACAGGAGAUUGUGUUUUCAGGAAAAAGUCUCUUUUGUCAGAAAUGACGUAUCAGCAAUUUGCGUGCUAUGUGACAAAAGCUAAGAAACCUAAGCCAAAAACUAGGCCUAUUGCUACUGCUAGAAAUAAUGAAGUUGGUCAGGGACAGGAUCAUGCAUCUUCACUGCAUCAGCAACAUCGUAGUCAGCCGCUUAGGCUUAGUGUGACUCAAGUGCUGCAGAACCUGAAGGAAAACUCAAAAAGUCGACCCAAACAUGCGUAUGUCUUUGAUGAAGAAACUGCUCGAUCAUUGGUUACAACAGUCUUGAAGAAUCGGAGAAAGCAAGGUGCUCCAUUGCUAGAAAUUCAGGCUGGUCCAGGGAUGAUCAGCCGCGAACUUUUACGCAGUGGAGUGUCUAAAGUCAUAGCCUUGGAAACCAACAAAGCUUUCACACCACUGUUACGUGAAGUGCAAGAUGCCUAUGGAGCAGAAAAGUUUGAAUUCUUCGAGUGGCCAAUGUUGUCACUCUUUCCUAAGCUGAAUACGUCCAAAAAAGACAACAGUGUGAAAUCCUACAAUCAGCAUGAACAGGUGGUUGUAGAGAAGCUUCGCACUGCUUCUUUGUCUCAUGGAAAAACUUACAGCAUCUUGGUGCUGGGAGGACAGGCGGAGAACAAAGACUUUCUGUUUUACCUGAUUCGUAACUUGCCUCUUGGGGAUGAAAUUCUCGCAGCAGAAGGCGUAGAAUUUUUUUUCUUGGUUCAUCCAAAGAUGAAAUUGGCAAUGGAGAAUCUUAAGGAUGAUCGAAAUUCUAAUAAAUCUUCCCCAAACCUCAGUUACCUUCACAUCCUGGCUCAUUUGCUGUACGACUUUGAAGUUAUAGGAAAGUUUCAGGCAGACAGUUUUUGGUUGCCUUUCAGUGCAAAGAAAAGUCGACGGCUCAAGGAUCUAGACACGUCGGUUCGAUUCUUGGUGAGGAUGCGUCUGAAGGAGAAGAGAGAGGACGUCCUGCCCCUGCAUCAGCACGCCCCCUUCUCCAUCUUUCUCCGGCAGCUGUACAAGAAGACCAAAGCUCGUGUGAUUCCUACACUGGAGAUGCUAGUUCCGGGCUGUGGGCUGAGGGUGAUAGGGGCUGGGUUUACCAUGAUGGACAUCAUCGGCCCCACACAGACAGAGAGGUUCUUGGCUCUCUACAAGGAAAUGCUGACGUGGCCUGAGUAUGCGAGCUCUCCCCUCCACAACCACAUCUUGGUGAAGACAACAGGGGGAAUAGAGCAGGAGGAGGAGGAGGAGGAGGAACGAGUGCAUGAUGACUUGGUGAAAGACGACGAUGUUCCCAGCAAGACAUCUGAUGUUGAAAGAUGACAAUGAAACCUGUCCAUACUAGGCCACGAAUCUUAUUCAUGUGAUGACUAACAGGGCAUAGAUGGCUCUGUGGUGGAGGCUGGUUUCAAGGAUGUUGUAUCAGUUCAUUUGACUGUGUUAUCAGACGGUCUGUUGUCGAUUAAAUUUCCUCAUUGCUCACACAACCAACAGUUUAUUACCCCAUAUACAAUCAAAAUUGUCCAAGAUGGCCACUCAUUGUGAAGGAGAAAAGUGCUUGUCUUAGACAGUUGGACAUCUUGGAAAAUGUCAUCAUAUUUGGGAGGGGCUAAGAUGCAAAACCCGCCUACAUCCAUUUUAGCACUUUUGAGAAAAUCAGCUUUUUUUAAUGCUGGUAUACGAAAGAACAUGCGUAGAAAGAAGAUUUUUUGGUGACUUUUAUGAAGUAUUUUUGGGGGUUUGGGCGGAAAACACUUUGUGCCCCUGAUAGCCGGUAACAAUGUGCAUGUAUAAGCAGAAAAUCUCAACUUAACCAGCUGAUGCCUGCCAGCGACCUGCCAAACUGUGGGCCGGUGAUUAUAAACUUCACAGCUGAAAGUGAACAUGUGAUAUAUAUGUUCAAAGUAAUGGUCAGCAUUUGGAUCUUGUUCUUGUAAAGAAAUGCUGUCUGUGAAAACUAUACUGUAUUUCAAAUUGAUGACUUUUGUUGAACCCAGAAAGGGAAAAGCAAUUCAUCACUAAAUCCUCACUUUAGAAUUUUGAGAUUUAACACUUCUUAAGCUGGAGUUUAAUUUUUUUGGUACAAUAUUUUUAAAAUCAUGUUCCUGACUGGUUUCUGAUUUUGUACACUUGCUCCAUGAUGGCAUAUUUAUGUGUGUAAAAGUUUGGUCAGUACAGUAAUCGUUACUCAAGUUUUAUUAAAGUUCAUUGGGGAGGGGAGGGGGAGGAUGUUUACUUUGUAAAAGGUUUUUAAUUGAUGGCAAUAAUAGUGUUCUCUUCAUCAUACUUAUGUGAUCAGAACUCUGUACCUGUAUAGCAUUAUAUCUUAUUGUUCUGAGUAUUUAUUGGCAAUAAUGUAAUUAUUAACUUUAUAUUGCUCUAUCUGUACAUGAGAUGUGGAUGUAAAAAGUUUUUUUCUCAGGAAUAGUUUUGCGCAAUGUUCUUUUUUUCAUGUUUAUUUUUUAAAUUUUCUACUGUGCCUUUACCUGUGGUGUGACCUUGUCUUUGUUUGACUGUUGAAAUGUACAUUUUGUUAACAUGAGCUGUAUACAAUUGUGCCAUUGACAAGAAAUUAAAUUCAAGAAAAAGGAAAA